UUUUUUCAAGGAAUAUUUUUAAAAAUUUCUUUUCAAAAAAUGCCAGCCAACGAUUUAAACAGUUCCCCAUCUCCCCCAAAAGUGGAUGCACAAAUUCCCCCUCAAGUAUUGGUUCUAGAUGGAGGUUUUGGGUCCCAAUUGGAAGCUUUGGGUUAUGCUGUUGAUAAAUCGGAAGUUUGGAGUGGAGGUGCAUUGAUUGAAGAGCCCGAAUUAGUUAGAAAAUGUCAUCAAUCAUUUAUCAAUGCCGGUGCAGACAUUAUCGAGACGAACACUUACCACCUUUGCAUCAAAAAACUACGUGAAUGUCGUGGCUACAGUGUUGAACAAGCCGAAUCCCUUGUUAAGCUUGCCGUUCAAAUUGCUCGUGAUGCGAUAUCCGCCUCUGGUCGCUCUGUUCAAUUAGUAGGCUCUGUAGGCCCCUAUGCUACAUAUCUGAGAGAUGGAUCUGAAUAUACCGGUGAUUAUGUAAAGAAGCCUGAUUUUAAUGAACAGAUAAUAAUUGACUAUUAUCUCUCCCAAUGCCGUCCAUUAAUUGCAGCGGGUAUUCGAACACUCGUCUUCGAAACAAUUCCUACGCUUAAAGAAGUUGAAUGUGUAGGGAAGGUUCUGGAUCAGCUUGGACCGGAGGUGCGUGCUUGGAUUGUCAGCACCUGCCAGGAUGGAAAAAGAACUCGUAGCGGUGAUUUAUUCUCAAGUGUUGUCAAAGUUGCCAAUUCAAUCCAAAAAGUAGUAGCUGUUGGUGUUAACUGUACAGCACCAGAAAAUAUCACAGAAUUACUUGAAGAAGCAAAUAAAACUGGGAAUCGAAAAGCUCUAGUUGUUUAUCCAAAUAGUGGCGAAAUUUGGAAUCCAGUUUUACAGCAAUUUCAAGGUGCUACACAAAUAGAAAUGAUUGCUUCAUUAAUUCCUCAUUGGUAUUUAUUGGGUGCUAGAAUCUUUGGAGGUUGUUGUCGAGUAAUGCCUGAUCAUAUAGCUAGAAUUGGUAUUGUCUGUGAUAAAUUGAAAGCAAAAAGUACUUGAAAAAGAAUCAUAAAUUAGUU